AUGUGCACAUUGAGCUUUCGCUCUGGGAUACCGCUGGCCAAGAAGAAUUCGACCGAUUGCGCUCGCUAUCAUAUGGUAACGACCCCGUCUCGCCGGGAUGACUUGCGUCUCCGAAGUCGUCGUCGGAAGCCAACCCCCUCGACUAACAUUCCUCCAGAUGACACCGACCUGAUUAUGCUCUGCUACUCAGUCGACAGCAAGGAUUCCCUCGAAAACGUUGAAUCGAAAUGGGUUGGAGAAAUCACCGACAACUGCCCCGGCGUCAAGCUGGUCCUGGUCGCGCUCAAGUGCGACCUCCGCGAAGGCGGCGGUGACGACGAAGCCGAUGAUGCAGCCGCAUCCGCCGCCGCACCUGCCGACGGAAACGCCAACUCGGAGCGGCCCAGGGGACCUCUGAUCGAGUACGACAAGGGCCUGGAGGUGGCCAAGCGAAUAGGAGCCUCACGGUACCUCGAGUGCUCGGCCAUGAAGAACCGCGGCGUCAACGAGGCCUUUACCGAGGCAGCCCGCGUUGCCCUGAGCGUCAAGAAGGAGAGAGAGGAGAACAAGUGCACAGUAAUGUGA